UUGUUCUGCAGAAUCCAGUGCUGUCAUCAGGCAGACUGACUACAAACUGUGUUUUCUUUCAGCAGCUGGAAGAUCUGGCCAGAAGACAACCAGAAUGGCAAACUGUAGGGAUUGCGGUCCUGGAUACAAGACUCCUUUGGAUGCCAUGAAAGGUCCCAAGGAGGAAAUUGUGUACCUGCCCUGCAUCUACAGGAACACUGGGAUAGACAAACCUGACUAUCUGGCCACUGUGGAUGUGAAUCCAAAAUCUGCAUCCUACUCUCAGGUGAUCCACCGUCUGCCCAUGCCCAAUGUCAAAGAUGAGCUCCAUCAUUCAGGGUGGAAUACUUGCAGCAGCUCCUUUGGGGAUGUCAGCAAGAAACGGAACCGGCUGAUUCUUCCCAGUUUGAUCUCUUCUCGGAUUUAUGUGGUGGAUGUGGGCACAGACGUGCGGGCUCCCAGGCUCUAUAAGGUUAUUGAGCCAGUGGAUAUAUAUUGGAAGUGCGGCUUGGCCAAUCCCCACACAACUCACUGUCUGGGCAACGGCGAGAUCAUGAUCAGUGCCAUAGGAGAUCCAUCUGGCAAUGGAAAAGGUGGCUUUAUUUUGCUGGAUGGAGAGACCUUUGAAGUGAAAGGGAAUUGGGAGAAAGGGAACAAGAUACCUGCCCUUGGCUACGACUUCUGGUACCAGCCACGGCACAACGUCCUGAUGAGCACUGAAUGGGGAGUUCCAAAGAUCUUUGCAAAUGGGUUUAACCCAGCAGAUCUGAAGAAAGGGUGCUAUGGCCGCUACAUUAACGUGUGGGACUGGACCGCCCAUACUUACAUGCAGUCCAUUGAUUUGGGGGAGGAUUCCGUCCCGCUGGAAAUCAGAUUCCUCCACAGCCCUGACGCUGCAGAGGGAUAUGUCGGGUGUGCCCUGAGCAGUGCAGUCCACCGUUUCUACAAGACCGAGAAGGGAACCUGGGUGACUGAGCAGGUGAUCCAAGUGCCCAACAAGAAGGUGAAGGGGUGGCUUCUGCCUGAGAUGCCAGGUCUCAUUACUGACAUCCUCAUCUCCCUGGAUGACAGAUUCCUGUAUUUCAGCAACUGGAUCCAUGGAGACCUUCGUCAGUAUGAUAUCUCCAACACCAGGAAGCCCAAAUUGGUUGGACAGGUGUUUUUGGGAGGCAGUAUCACCAGAGGUGGGCCCGUCACUGUGUUGGAAGACCCAGAGCUGCAGUGUCAGCCGGAGCCAUUUGUGAUCAAGGGGAAGAAGGUUGCAGGUGGACCUCAGAUGAUCCAGCUGAGCUUGGAUGGCACGAGACUGUACGUAACCACUUCCCUUUACAGUGGAUGGGACAAGCAGUUCUACCCAGACCUUAUCAGGGAAGGCUCUGUUAUGCUGCAGAUUGAUGUGGACACUAAGAAAGGGGGCCUGACAGUGAAUAAAGAUUUCCUAGUGGACUUUGGGAAGGAGCCCCACGGGCCUGUCCUCGCCCAUGAGGUGCGCUACCCUGGUGGAGAUUGCAGCUCUGAUAUCUGGGUUUAAUUCUGUUCUGUUGUUUUUUUCCCUGCCUCCUUCUGAUUAUUUCAUCCUAAGCACAGAUCUAAAAAGGGGCAUAGGUUAAUGUGAUCAGCUGGGGCUUAGUCCUCUCUGCCAAUCUAGCUUUCUACUGACACUGAGCCACAGAAGCCCUGCACCUGCCUCUGGUUGAGGCAGUCGGGUCUCUCUAAACCAUGAGGCACUAUGUCUUACUUAUUUCUCUAUGCCUUCCUAUUUAAAGGGGCCUGUGUAUUCCCUAAUGGCCACAAUCAUUAGGGAACGUAGUUAGAUGUGAUGAGGAAGUCAUACCGAUUCUCCACCAAAGGAUUCUAGCAGCUGGCUUCAGGCUUGUGUCUCUGAAGUGCCACUACAGGCACCUUAGCAUCUUGCUGAACUUGCUUCUGUGGCUUACUGCUGAAUCUUCUCUGCCUCCAUCUCAGAAUCCAACAAUAAGGAACCCAUAACCUGCCAGUCCUAGGACAUAGCCAGAAUCGAAUACAACUAGUCACUACAGUAGUUCAGAGGACCCAUUCCUCAAGAGGAACAGAUGUAGUUGCUCCUUUUAAUCUCAUCCAAAGGACUGGUGGAAAAGAGUUGGUUCAUCUCUGCAGUAAAUUGGGGCCAUUCUGCAGUGAGGGGUGGCCUGUACUUGAAAGAUAAAUCAGAUGAAAGUGGAAUGUGGAUCAAGUGAAGUGGUUCAAUGGGGCCCAGUCUUCUUGGCAGGGCUGACACAAAUUAGCCCCCCACCCUCUUCAAGUGUUGCUGUCAUCCCCUUCCUCUGCCAGCUCUAGUGCUCUGCUUUCUGCCGCUUAUCCUGUGCUCCCUGCCAGAUCUCUUGCUCUGUUUUCUGCCCCCUGCCACAUCUGCUGCCGUGCUGCCUGCCACACACAGAGGCUGCCCAUACCAUUGCUGGCAUUUGUGCCACAGGCUGGCCACCCUAUUCCUGGAUAACUCUGUGCCUGUGUGCGAAGCUGGGUUGGAUUUCCUUUGUUUGCAGCCCUGUUUUAGGAAAAAUAAAUAAUAAAGUUGUUCUUUGCAUACACUA